AUGGGGAGCCAUAAGAAAACUAGUUUCACGUUUGAGAUAAAUAACUUCUGGAAGAAGGAAUCUGUGGUAACAUCUCGUAUAUUCGUUAGCGGCGGAUGCAAAUGGUAUGCUGACGUUCGUCGCAAGGAAUGCGGAAUAGAUCACUUGUCUGUGUACCUGAACGUUCCGGAUACUAAAUCACUGAGACCUGGAUGGAAAAGGAGGGCUACUUAUUGUUUCAUUGUGCUGAAUCAAUCAGGCAAAGAGUUCAAAAGAAAAUCUGACUGCAAAGUGUUCUGCGACCAGUUCCCAGGAUGGGGUUUUUCCAAAAUGUUGCCUCUUAACAAGCUUAAAGAAGAAGGGUUUCUGGAGAAUAACAAACUGAUAAUUAAUGUAGAAGUGAAAGUAGUUGAAAUUGUUCAUGAAGCAGAGAUAACUGGGAAAGAGAUGUUUGAUAUCAAAGGUUUCAACGUUCUUUAUACUCAGGCUAAGUCAGUGUCAAAGAUUUUCAAGGAGCACCGAGAUAUUGCAGUAGAUUUCAAACCAAAGAACCAAUUGGUGAGGACAGCAUACAUGAAUGUCCUCCUCAACCUUAUUAAGAUACUUAAGAAGCCUCCGGAAACCCUUUCAGAGUCUAAACUAACUAAUGCUCGUAGCGACUUGAGCGAGCUAACAGAAGCAGGCUUUAAGCUAGAUUGGUUAAAGAGAAAGCUUGAGGACGCUUGCUUGGAGAGGAAGAAAGUAGUUGCUGAUGGGGCUCGGGUUCAAGAGCUGGAGGAACGCGUCAAAACUCUCAAAGUUGAACUGGACAACGAGAAGGCCAAGUCUUCUAAAGUAAUGUCGUUGGAGCACAGCGAAAAGGCCAAGUCUUCUAAAGCAGUGUCAGGUCUCAAAGAGAAGGCCAAGUCUCUUAAAGUAUUGUCGUUGGAGCAGACGGUGUCAGAUCUCAUAGUUGAACUGGAUAACGAGAAGACCAAGUCUUCUAAAGUAUUGUUGUUGGAGCAGACGGUCUUAGAUCUUAAAGUUGAACUGGACAAGGAGAGAUCAGCCAAAUCUGGUACAUCUAAAACUGUGUGGUUGAUGGAUGAUGCUUGCUUUUGGAGGCAUAUGGGGAUUCGGGAGAGGAUGGCCGGUUACCGAAAACUAAAAUGA